AUGUCAGAUCAGGGCGACCUUGAGAUCCUACAAGGGAUACAUCAGGAUCUCAUAGACCUCUCCAAAGCUCAAUUACGAAGUGUGGAGCGGCUCUGGGCGGAACUCGAUGCACGCGUCGACGAAUUCAGGAAGCUUUUGGAUAGACCUAGAAAGAACGAGGCUAGCCGCAAAUCUCUCCUAUCUGGCACGGUCAUCAUCGAUGACGUUGAGUAUGCAGUCAAUAAAGAGUUUCAGGAGAGUGCGACCCAGCUCGCGGAUACGCUCGACUUGGACGAGAUCCAGUCAACGAAACUCUUGCUUGAAACGCAGGGGCAUAUCGCAGCUUUAGAUCGCUCUGUUAUAUCCGCAGCUGCUAUCAGCUUUCAUCAACAUAGACGGUACCUCCUUGAAUGCCUCCGCUGGACGAUUUAUUUUUCUCUUGACGCAGAUGUUGAGGGUGACACGCGAAGCGCGAGCCGAGAUUUAUUGUCGUUGAUAUUGGAAACGAAGAAUGGCACCCCGCAGAAUGGCGCUUCGUAUAUACAAAAAUGUCUGCAAACAAUAUUCGAAAUGGAAGGCUGGUUACAAGAACUCGGGGAGAGAACGCAAGGCACCAGAGCGAUGGGCCACACUCUCACACAAGAGGGCGACGAGAUCCUGAAAUUCCAGCAACAAAGCCUCACACAGCAACAUGAAUCACUUGCAGCCAUAAUCAGCUUGCUAGCCAAAGCAAGUUAUUCAACAACGGAGAACUUUUGUCACCUCCUCGACCACUUAUCGAAGAUGGAGCGGUGGACCCAAUUGACUGUGCACUAUGCACCUAUUAUCUUAGCAUUCAUUCUGCAGCAUGGGUCGCCGGAGGGUGUCGGAUCUCUUCCAGAAGCGCGAGCUCUUCAUACUAAACUGCUCGAUACUAAAGAUUCCUCUCUCUGGAAAAUGAGGCAUUUGCAAGCAGCGACCCAAGCUUGGUGGCUUGCAGAAUAUUCAGGUUGGUACCAGGAGCAAUCAGAUAGCUCUCAAUUACAAGGUUUAGACCUUGAAGCUGAGGCCCGUGGUCGAUCUGAAUCUUUCUUCCGUGCCCUUCGAGAUGGAGCCUUUGAAUGUACGCUUACGAUGUGUUCUCAAAGCACGCCAGAAGAGUGGUAUGAUCCAGCCAGAGCCUCCUUAGUAGCUUUUCUUCUCGGCGAUGCACCAUCGCUUCAACCAGAAGUAACCUCUCUCUCUGACUGGUUCAGACUGCUGUUCAUGGAACAGCUAGAAUCGUUCGUAGAUGCCCUCAUCACAAAUAUGCCAGAUACUCUCCGUCAAUUUAAAUUCGAAGAAGACGACCAAAGGAAGCGAAUACACUCUAAUCUACAGUCCAAAAGCCAAGGAGGCACGCAUGAGCAAGACCUCCACCUCGAGAGAUUCCUGGUGCUCAUUUCGUUCUCUUUCGACUCUCGCGUCGAAGCAGCUCAGUCCUUUUGGGGCGAAAUCGACAGUAACAUGUACGGUUUUUUGCAGUGGGCAUCAAAGCGACAGUCAACCCCAAGCGUAGGUGCUUUUUGCGAAAUGCUUCAGUCUAUCUCGAAGAGUGACACAUACGCGACCGCUGCCCACAAUUUCUUGCUAGAAGACAGUGGCGUGAGCUACUCCAGGAUACGAAGAACCGGCUCCCUCAGUUGGGCACUCAUUCUAGGAGAGUUGUCGGUCUACGCGUCCAGGGUGCGUGAACCGGCAAGCUCUGGGAAAGGAACGAAUUUCUAUGGAGGCAAGCCAACACUGGACGAUAUUGAGGAACCAGAAAGUGUUUUAAUGCUUGAGAGUUAUUUGAGAUUGAUGUCUCAUCUUUGUGGUGAGAGUGCAGAAGCCCGGGCUUGGUUAUUCUCACGACCAAAUCCUUCUAUCCUGGACACUCUUUUUACGCUGUGCAGUCCCACUGUUCCGAACACCCUGCAAGCAUGUGCUUUCAUCAUGGUACGAUCUCUUCUUACCUCUCAUCAGGCCGAUACUGUUAUGAAUAUUUGGAAUAGUCUUGAUGUAUGGGCGUCAGGUGGAUACGCGCCACUAAGUAGUGCCAGAGCCGCUAAGCUUGCGAAUCCUGAAAGUUGGAUGCAAGAGAUCACAUUUGGCGGCGUCGUUAGCACAUUCGACCAAGCAAACGACUUUACAGCGCUUUUGCAUACACUUAUGAGUCCUUCGUAUGCCCUCGAUGGUGUAAAUGAAAGGUUUUCCUUCCCUGAAAACCUAGGAUCGUCGUACAGAACACCAGGAGUAGAGCCAUACGUCGAUCUUGUACUUGAUAAAGUCUUUGCGGGAAUGUCAACUCAAGUAGAGGAUCGUUUGAGAAAACAGGUUUUAACUUUCAAUGUCCUGACCUUCGUCACUACAUGUUUGAGCACCUUCAACGAGGACUUACUUUUACUCGGGACCCGAAAUUCUUCGGCUCUGACUGAGCUUACAAGCACAUCUUCCUUGACCAUGUAUUUACGGCUGCACCCGUUCUGCAGGACGAUGGAAUGGCUUUUCAAUGGACGGGUGCUCUCUGCUCUUUUCGAUGCAGCACACGAAAAUGUCGAAGAACUCAUGACAGAGCUCUCUGGUUCACCUAUGGUGCUAUCACUGCUGCGCACUAUUCAAACCAUGAGCCUAUUGAUGGAUCUCCAAUCCACGUAUCUAAACGUUGCCCGGCCUCUUGUGCACGCCCAACGGAAUUCCAGGCAGCCGGCCGUGUUUGAUUCUUCACUUGCAUCGUUCGAGGACAGCGUUGCUUUACAUCUUCAGCUUGUUGUAGACCUGGGUCUGUAUACCGGGCUCGGCAACAGUGAUCUUGCUGUUGCGUCAUUAAAGCUGCUUGGAAAGCUUGCAAGCUCAAGAAGGCUUCAAAUGCAUUCGAUCCAGUCAUCAAGUCGGACGGGGAGUAGAAGCUCCCUCAUUAACAUAUUGGAACGCGAAGACGACGUAGAACGGAUUACGCAGCCCUUGAUACUUGCCGUGGAAAUAAAUCCAAGAGAGUUGGAGCACGGGCCAAAUUCAGAUGAUUGGACUAUGAAGUCUGUGAUUCUGGAGUUUCUUGUGAAGACGCUAUCAGCCUCAGCCAAUCAACCUUGCCUGGCACAUACAUUGCUUGGCUUUACAAGUAGAAACAUGCUUGUUGAGAUCGCUCCUGGAGGAAAUUUCUCGAAAGGUCUCUCGCUAUUUCACUCGGUCGUUCGGCUUGUUGCUGACUAUCCUGACGGGGAAGAAGGGACAAUGCAGAUGUGGGCGCUGAGCCUUCGCCAGAUGGGAAUGGAAGUGCUCUCCAUCCUCUGGCGAUCGUCACUCACUUCAGCUAUUACCUUGACUGAACUUCGAGAAGCGGAGCUCGUUUUCCGUCUAUUCGUCAGACAAAGUAUCAUGAGUCUCGAUACGCUCUGGGACGGGCAUGCUAUACGGGAGCAAGACUUUAUGGUCACUGACGCAGCAGAAACGCUGCAGCAAUUCUUAUGGCAGAGGAAUUCCUUUUACGAGUAUGCUGUCAUGGAAAUUCGCGCUGCAGCUCUAGAUGAUGCUCCCUCUUUGAAGACUCGGCUCUUGUCUACGCUCUUCGGCUCCACCACCUCGACUGAUGGGGAGCAAUAUUCGAAUCCUUCGGUACUGGACCUCUUUGACUUUAUGGAGUUUGAAAUACCUAGUCUAGAAUUCGUCCCACGACUUGGCUACUUUUCAACUACAGAUUUCGCCCUGUGCGCGCAAGAGGUUGGAAGUGCCGGAGGUCGCAAUUACAAUCUCCAACUUGUCGAAGAGCUCAUAGCUCUCAAAUUGAACGACUUCCGGAAGCUAGGACGUUCGCAAAUCACGAACGGAGGAGAAGAGAUCGUCAACGAGGCUGAGCUCUUGUUGCAUUAUUUCCGAGCCGCAAACAGUUUGCACUGUCUGCGAUCUGCCUGCCAUCGAGCACUUGAAUCUUGGAAUCAGCUUUUAGUUGUCGCGUUUGAAGCUUGCGAUCUGGACUUGGAUGGCAGACUUGCUCUAACUUUGCAAUCUCUACAGAUUCUCACGCCUAAAUUGGAAAUGCUGGUAAACGAGAAUGACCAACGUGCAAUUCUCAUCGCUAGCUCGGUGAGGAUGCUGCUUCUGCUCUUGAAUUCUGACGUCGUCGCCGUGCAUAGUCCUGGCACUGGGGAGUUCGCCAAUGACCGGCUUUAUCAGGUCUUCUGCGCUGCCGUACGAGGCAUCUCCACCCCAGGAACUAGUUUACAAAUCCGCGAAACUUUGUACAGCUUAUCCACCCGCUAUCUUGACCUAACGACGCAGGCGUCAGGGUUAGCCGCUGCUCGGAAACAGGCCCUACAUUUGAUCAAAUCGGCGGGCAAUCGGACUAUCGAAAUCAUGUGUGAUGAUGCUUUUGGCGCGACUCCAUCUUGUAGGAUUGCUUCACUCUCGUUACUUGAAGCUUUGACCAAAAUUGCGGAGAAAGAGACUUCUGUGUACAUCAUUGAUUCACUGAGUCGUACGAAUUUUCUCCAAGUUAUGGUAGAAAGUGUUGAGAACAUACCAGCAGAUCUUCAGGAGACCGACGCUCAAGAUAUUCCGUCUCUACUUCUAUUCUACGAAGCAAAAUUCUCCUUGAUAUUGACACUGGCUCAAAGUAAGACUGGCGCACCUCGCGUCCUGGAUGCGGGAUUGUUCCACGCUAUUCGUGCGUCGAGUCUGUUUUCCGUCGACCCGGAUAUUGGAAUCGCAAAAGCAGGCAUUAGCGGAUCCUUGCAAGACGUAAAGUCUCUUGCGCCUACAUCUAAGCUUGGUGUGCAGAAGCCGCAAAGCACAAUUGUCGACCACUUUGCACUUGCAAAGCAAGUGGUCAGGGAACGUGCAACCGACGAUGCGCCGGGCUCGUCCCCAAGCAAGCGCUUGAAACUCAGUGAUCAUUCAACGGAGCUCGGUCCGCCUGUGGCAAGGUCACGGACUACAAGAGCCUGUGAGAUGUAUGAGUUCCCUACCAAAACAAAGCAGACGCCAUCUGAAACUAUUGAUCUUACGUCCUCGCCAAGAAGCCCUCCGAAAAAAUCUGCUAUCGGAUUUCCACGUUCAACGAGUCUCGCGCCACUAGUAGGACCUAAGAAGCUAGUCGUAAAGAAUUUGAAAAGACCUUCAGGUCCCAGUCCAGAACAAUAUUAUGCAGAGGUCUGGGAUCGGCUUGACGCAUCACUAUCGGCUGUUUUCAAAGAUGAAACGAUCCCUUAUUCCAAAGAAACGCUCUAUAAUGAGGUUAUGAUCAUCUGCCGGCAAGGCAAGGCUGAGAGACUGCGCGAUGACCUGGACAGAAUCCUUGCGACUCAUGUACAGCGAGAGGCCAAAGAUUUAUAUAAAACUCAGUUUAGCACGGAAACGAACGUGGAGUUCAUCGAACGGGUUCUUGAAGCAUGGGCCACAUGGACGAGGCAGCUAGCAGUCGUCAAGGUCAUAUUCUUUUUCCUCGACCGUUCCUAUCUCCUUCACGCUCGUCUUCCUUCUGUGGUCGACAUGGGAAUCGAAAAAUUUCGAAUUGCAAUGAUUGAUAAUACUGCAACAAGUAAUAGACUCGUGCAAGGAGCUUGCGAUCUCAUAAGGGCGGAACGAGCUCAGCAAAAGUCACCCGUUGAAUUUGGUCUGCUCCAUGGAGCUAUAAAGAUGUUCCAUGAACUUGCCAUGUAUAGUAAGGAAUUUGAGCCAGCAUUCAUGGCCGAAUCUCAGAAGUUCUUUACUUUGUGGGCGGAGCAAACGGCAGCGUCAACUAAUUUGGUCGGCUACGUUGAAAUGGCCCGUAGAUUGUUUGAACAGGAAAUGGAACGUGCUGAUGCUUGGAACCUUGAUGCUACAACAAAGAAAGAGCUUGAAGGGUAUCUCGAAGAGAUUGUCAUUGAUGAUAGAAAAGCUAGGCUGUGCGAUAAGGUCGAUGUCGGCCAGCUACUUAGAUGCGGAAACAUAGAUUAUCUUCAUCAGGUCUUCACGCUUCUACAGCGGCGAAGACUGGGCGAAAUGCUAAGACCGGCUUUUGAGAGCUACAUCGUCUCCCAUGGCUCAGAGAUCGUCUUUGAUGAAAAUCGUGAGCAAGAAAUGGUCCCGCGAUUGCUAGCAUUCAAGAGACAGUUAGAUCAGACGUGGGAAGAUGCUUUUGAAAAGCAUUCAGAUAUAGGCCACACCUUGAGAGGAGCCUUUGAGACAUUUAUCAAUAAGGGUAAAAGGAGUAAUAUGACGUGGGGCACUGACAACCCUAAGCCUGGUGAAAUGAUCGCAAAAUAUGUUGACUUAGUUCUCAAAGGUGGUUCGAAGGCGAUUCGUGCAUCAGGGAUCAAUCCGGAAGAGGAGGGAAAAGCCAAUGAGCAAGAUCGAGAUCAGUCUAGUGAAGAUGAGGAUGCAGAAAUUGCUAAACAAUUAGACUCGGUACUCGAUUUGUUUCGCUUCGUGCAUGGGAAGGCAGUGUUUGAAGCAUUUUACAAACGCGACCUUGCACGCCGACUCCUACUAGGUAGGAGCGCAAACUCAGAUGCUGAGAAGAGCAUGCUAACGAGGCUCAAAUCCGAGUGCGGUGCGGGAUUCACUCAUAACCUGGAACAGAUGUUCAAGGACAUCGAGAUGGCAAGGGAUGAAAUUGCAUCUUACAGGGCAAUGUUAGAGGAAAAAGAUAAAUAUCCUAGGUUUGAUCUCAACGUCAACGUAUUGUCUGCUUCGGCUUGGCCGUCUUAUCCUGAUGUGCCGGUCCAUGUUCCUGAGAUCAUAUUAAAGGCCACCGCCGACUUUGAGCGGAAUUACAAGAUGAAGCACUCGGGCAGAAAGCUGCAAUGGAAGCAUGCCCUGGGCCAUUGCCAACUAAGAUCUCUGUACCCGAGAGGCGCAAAAGAGAUUGUCGUCAGCUCAUGCCAAGCGAUUGUAUUACUAUGCUUCAAUGAUGUUGAAUCGAUGUCAUAUUCGGACGUGAAAGCCGCUACAAGUCUAGAUGAUCUUGAACUUAAGCGAACGCUUCAGUCACUGGCUUGCGCCAAAUACCGGGUGUUGGGCAAGUCCCCCAAAGGUAAGGACGUGGACAUUAACGACACUUUUGCUGUCAACCAAAGCUUCCAUCAUCCAAAGUAUCGUCUCAAGAUCAAUCAAAUUCAAGCGAAGGAGACCAAGGAGGAAAAUAAGCAGACCCACGAGCGCGUGGCUGCGGAUCGAGCUUUUGAGACUCAAGCAGCUGUUGUGAGAAUCAUGAAAAGCAGGAAAACGAUCACCCACCCAGAAUUGGUAAGUGAGGUCAUCAGCGCAACAAAAUCCAGAGGUCCUUUGGAUCCAACCGACAUCAAGAAGAACAUAGAGAAAUUGAUUGAGAAAGACUAUAUGGAGCGUGACGAGGAUGCACAUAACACUUACAGCUACGUAGCCUGA